UUGAACGUACAGCGGAAGAAAAGCAGGUGCAGUUGUAGCAUCAGACUCAUAACAACCGUUACCAACGUACUGUGACAGUUACCCAGGCCCCUUUUUUCUUUCUUUGGAAAACCUCUGAAUACCUUUUCAGCUGAGCUGUUUCUGCUGUGAGAGACGCUGGAGGGUCGACAUCAUGACUUUGAACCAGAACCACUCAGAGUCUGGUGGAGUCAUCAUCAACAACAGUGAGAGCAUGUUGAUGUCCCAUGAUAACGUGGAGCUGGUCUUCUGCGAUGCGGACCGUCUGCCUGAGCCGUUCAGAAAGAGCAAAAAGGGCAGCGUCUACUUGACACCGUACAGGGUGAUCUUCCUGGCUAAAGGACGCGACGCUCUACAGUCCUUCAUGAUGCCGUUCUACCUGAUGAAGGGCUGCGAGAUCAAACAGCCGGUUCUGGGCGCCAAUUACAUCAAGGGCACCGUGAGCGCCGAGCCCGGAGGUGGAUGGGAAGGAAGUGCCACGUUCAAGCUGGUCUUCGCCGCCGGCGGAGCCAUAGAGUUUGGCCAGUUCAUGCUGCAGGCUGCAGCUCAGGCGUCUAAGGGCCAGCCGCUGACUCCUAGCUUCGGUGGCUGCCCUUUCAUGGCUAACGGAGGCUACGCUUUCCCUCCUCCCCCAGCUAACGGAAUGUACCCUCAGGGACCUCCACCCGGCUACUCCUACCCCAACCCCCCACCUCCAGGGGCAUUCUACCCAAGUCCUCCAGCUUUUGAUGCGUCUGCCAGCUACGUACCGCCCCCUCCUUACUCUGCCCCCCUGGGUCAGCAGCCACCACGUGACCCAGACCUGCCCUCCUCAGCAGCAGCGGAGGCCAAGGCAGCGGAAGUGGCGGCGAGCGCCAGCUGUGCCACUCUGCCUCCUACGCACGUGUACCUGCCGCAGGACAAGCCCCCGCCUUACUCCCCUCCAGAGGACAAGAAGAACCAGUAGACCCUGUGUGACCCCGCCCUCGUUCCUCUGUCUCCUCUCAUUUCAUUGACUGGACAUUUUCUCCUCUCGAUCUUCCUUAACACCUUCUAAUAUUCCUUUUUCCCCCCCUCAGAC